CUAUUCAGCGUUGCAUAAUUGCAACCAUUCGUUCAAUACUGGAAAUUAAGGAAAUGGCAAGAAUAUCAUCAUUGGUGUUAGUAAUAUCAUUACUGGUGGCUCUGCCAUGGCGCUGGGCAGCGGGUCAGGAUGAUCCUUGGAAGAGUCUGGCAGACCAGGCGGCAUCGCAGGGUAUCUCUCAGCAAUCCAUAGAUGAUGCUCAGGCUGCUCUGCGUGGAGGCGCUGAUGAUUCCGAAUCAUCCGUCUGGGCUGACUGGAUUAAAGGCAACGCCAACAAUAUGGGAUACACUGAUGAAAACGCACCCACGGGGUCAGCUGACGGAUCUCCUUCCGACGAACCAGAAGCAGCAGACUUUGCAGACAUAGGUGUGGAUGAAUCUUCACCUGCAGACGCAGAAUCUCCGGCGGAAGCAUCACCGACAUAUUCCCCUACAUAUGCACCCCAACCUCAAGCACCGGCCCUGGCCGCAGCAACACCCCAGGCUCAGGCACCAGAGGCUGACGCACCGGAGGCAUACGUACCAGAAGCACCUACCCCCGAGGCCUACGCACCUGGCGCCGCCACACCCGAGGCAUACGCACCCGGCGCUACGACACCGGAGGCACAAUCAACCGAAGCAACUGCACCCAAGUUAGAGGCUGAAGCGCCAGGGGCGGUCACGUCCACGGUAGAGGCACCCGUGGAGGCUGCAGCACCUGGCACAACCACAUCAUCAGCACAAGCUCCGGGAGCGUCAAGCCCUGGUGCAGCAUAGGGUGUGUGUGCAUAUAGACACGAGCAAUCAACACACGCUGACUCAAACGAGAUGUGUAUAUAUUGAUAUGUGGAGAGUGGGGUGAUGGACAGAGAAUUGCAUUGGGUUGACAACACCCCUCCGCCCCAUGUGUAUUGCUGAUGAUUGGGUACGAUUCAUAUACCAAUGUUGACAUAGAACUAUAGUACUUUAUUUCAUUUACUUCCUUUUUUUGGCGAAUUGGUUUGCACAGCUCAUGUUACAGCCACCCACAUGCAAACAAGGAGGCUCAUGUCUUGUUUAUUUGGCUUUUGGAAUAUGUCAAUUUUUAGAACCACACUAGUUGCUCAUCAUCAAUUUACACAGUAGUACAGAUUAAUUAAUUUUGAAUAGUUGAGAUGUGAUUUCAUUUAA